UAACGGGCAGAGAUGUUUACUUAUUCUCACAACACUGUAUUUGUAACUCUGAGCCGCACAAGGUCGAACACAAUCUCGUUGUGAUCACUACUUGUACAUACAGACCUGAUCAAGAAUGGCUUCUGCUGGACCUAUUAGCGAUGACCCAGCCUAUAACAGCUAUGACCCAGGCUGGACCUCCAACUCGCCACCAUUUGAUGCUAGAUACCCGCAUCAGAACCAGAUGACAAACUGUAUUCGUAACUUCAUGGACUAUCAUCGAUGCAAACAGAUAAAAGGAGAAGACUAUGUGAAUUGUAACUACUUCAAAAAGGUGUAUAUCAGGAAAUGUAAUCCUACUACGCUUGAGAAGAUGGAAGAACAAAUGGAAAAUGGAAUCUUUCAAUACAGACUAUAGUGUCUAUUGAUUGCUUGACCAACAAACAUCAGGAUUUUUUUUUUAGAAUAGUUUCAAAAACUUUAUUAAUGCCCAUGAAUAUGAAGGUUUUAAGAGACUGAAAAUGAAACAGUUUAGCAGAAAUACCAGUUUGACUGAUAAUUUUGUUGUCUGAAAAUAAAUAAAUAAAAAGUAAA